CGCUUCCAGUUUCCCACAUGACGCGAAUGCCAAUGAGGGCAAUGCGACUACAACUCCCUGCGAGCACCGGGAUAGAGUACGGGAGGAGCUACGCAAGCCCAGAUGUUGCCGGACGUCACGUGACCCGCCCCAAACCAACCGGGUUUGAAUAGUUUUUUUUUUCCCACCUCUCCUCUUCUUCCCUGCCAGCGGCUGCUGUGCAGUCACAACUAUCUAAAAUGGCGACCGUGGAGCCGGAAACUGUUAAUACUCCAGAAGAAGAAAAACCUGAGACCUGUCAGGAGAUUGUAAACCCUGAGCAGUACAUUAAGCAUCCACUACAGAACAGAUGGGCCUUGUGGUUCUUCAAAAAUGACAAAAGCAAAACCUGGCAAGCCAACCUUCGAUUAAUUUCAAAGUUUGACACUGUUGAAGAUUUUUGGGCGCUUUACAAUCAUAUCCAGUUGUCUAGUAACUUAAUGUCAGGUUGUGACUAUUCACUCUUUAAGGAUGGUGUUGAGCCCAUGUGGGAAGAUGAAAAAAAUAAGCGUGGGGGAAGAUGGCUAAUUACGCUUACUAAGCAGCAAAGGAGGAAUGACCUUGACCGCUUUUGGUUAGAGACGCUCAUGUGCCUUAUUGGAGAAUCAUUUGAUGACUCCAGUGAUGAUGUAUGUGGAGCUGUUGUAAAUGUUAGAGCAAAAGGAGAUAAAAUAGCAAUCUGGACUACUGAAUGUGAAAACAGGGAAGCAGUCACACAUAUAGGGUAAGGAAAGAUUAGGACUUCCUGCAAAAGUAGUGCUUGGAUAUCAGUCCCAUGCAGAUACGGCUACUAAGAGCGGC